AGAUAAAUGAAAAAAUAAGAUAUUUAUACAGGAAGAAACAGGAAAAAUGACAUCUCAAGAGAAAAUUGAUGAACAGAAUAAAGUUUUGAAAGGAUUGAAAGAAAAAAAUAUAUUUAUAGAAGAAAAUUUGGAUGAAUGGCAACGAAAAAAAGAACGAAAACCAUUAUGGACUUUAAAACAAAAGGAAGAUCAUGAAUUGACAUAUGUUUAUAUUCCAUCUGUCAAAGUUUCUUUAGAACCUUCUGUUUUUUCUUCUACAUACGCUACUGAUGGCUUCAUAACACCUUGUAGACAAAAAGAAAUUUCAAAAGGAAAAAAUAAAGAUAAAACAAAAUUACAACCACAAAGUGCUCCUGCAAAAAUAAAUAAAUCUUUUCAUGAAAAAUUCGAUAUUUAUUAUGAUGAACAAACAUAUAUCGAAAUACCUCAAAUAAAAACAAAUAUUGAGAUAUUUUCUGUAGAAAUGAACAAAGAAAAUUUGUCUCCUAUAAAAUCUAAAUGGAUCUCAAGAAGAAAAAAAUAUCGUCUUUAACUCUUUUUUUCAUACUGGGUUUUCUCUAUCAAAAAUUAUCCUAU